CAACCUCAUCUCUCGCCCUCCUCCCCAGACUCCGCAUUUGCAGCCACUCGUUUUCCCCCACCUUCGUUUUCUACGCUACUUUGGUACUUCUGAAUAUCAUCGUCUACCUGAAUUUCUUUCCUUCUCUUCUUUCCUUCUUGCCUGUCUGCGAAUCACGAGGUUCCUCUCCGGAGAUAAAGAUCCGACCGAGCGACGACAUCAGCCCCAAGUGAAACCGAAACAGUUGUCGUCGCGCCACACGUACGUUGCAAACUUGCAACACGUAGCGCCAGAAAAGGGUGCGGCGACGCGCAAACGCUGAGGAACGAACAAACAAGCGACGGAGAGAGAGAGGAGGAGAGGGCUUCCUAUUAUCGUGAUUCCACUAAGCGGCAGAGUCCAUCACCACCUCGUGAAUACAUCUGGAAACGUCAGUCUCCCUCUGCCUCUCACACCAUGAUUUCCAAACGCGACAACGGCCGCGAGUACUGCUACGUCAAUGCCGAUGGGAGCCUCGACUGCUACAACUACGGCUUCUGGUACUCUGAUACGGGCACGAUUGUCAAGUACUCGAUCCUCGGCGCCAUCUUCGUCUUCUUCCUGGCCUGGUUCGUCGGCGGCUACCUGCAUGCGAGGAGCCGGAUGAGGAAGGGGAAGAAGUUGUUGCUGUAUCAUCGGUGGCUCGUCUCCUACGCGGACAAACGCAGAUACGGCCAACUGCCCCAUCAGCAACAGCAGCACCACCAGAACCACUUCACCUUCUACUCCGCCGCCGGCCAACAACCCUCGCAACCGUAUACCCAGCGCAACGACUCGGCCUGGCCCGAUGCUCCGCCCGUAUAUGCCGGCAACGACGCCCCGCCGAGCUACUACGCUCCGGCCAGUCCCAAGCCGCCGUUUUAUCCGAUGCAGAAUGUGGCGCCGCUGGGGAAUGCGGGUGUGGGAGGGCAGCAGCAGCAGCAGCAGCAGCAGCAGGAAUCUGGUGUUGUUGGUGCGGGAGCGUCGCUGGGUCAGAGUCAGCAGCAGCAGCAGCAGGGAGUUCAGGGGCAAGGGCAAGGGCAGAAUGGGACGACGUUGCCGACCAGGCCGGAGCAGGCGAAGGUGGUGAUUUCGAAGCUGGUUUCGCGGUUGAGGAGAUGAGAUGAGAGGAGCGUCACUACGGAUGAAGUGAAUUGGUUGAUUGAUGGUUGGGUGGAUCAGUUGGGUUUUUUUUGCAUGGCCUGGGGCGUUGGAGGAGUGUGGGAUAUCACUUGACCACUUUCAUUCCCUUUUUUUUAUUUCUUAGUUUUCCACAGUCACAAGAAGGGCGUUGGAUUGGUUGUUUGCACCUGUUGCAUUAUUGGACUUUCCAUUGGCAUGACUGGAUUCAUGCGGAUAGGUUAAUAUACCAGUUAUUCAUAUCGUGAU